GUGUGUAACGUAUAUUCAAGCAAGGCAUCGCGAGAGAAAUAUAAGCGACUUGUGUGUGGCAACCUUUCCCCCCUUUCUUCUCGUAUCUUUUCACAUCGGUACUCGAUAGUGCGACGCACACGAAGGCGUCGCGUCAGAACUCGAGAGUUGGAGCUGUUGGAGUUGAAUGCUAUCGCUAAUUCACUACCGGAGUGGCGAGGAAGAGAGAGAGAGAGAAUCAGUGUGUAUUGCGUUGUGUCAGCAAUUGGUAGCAUAUUGUGACGGGAAUUCAGUCGAGACUCUAAUUGACGCGAAGACAACGGUAUGUCAAGCAGCGGAGACGAGUGCAAGCUGAAGGGCGGUCAUCCCCCGGCAGUAAAGGCGGGCGGUAUGAGGAUAACGCAGCACAAGACACCGAAGGAUGAGCGCGAGACGAAGCCUAGCAAAGACGUCGAGGAGAGCAGGCCGUCCAGCAGUCCGCCAAAGACAAUAAUGAUCAGUGGCGCUCCGGCCAAAGGAAAUGCAGAUUUUCCACCAGAAGCUGUGCAACACUUCCAUGAGAAACCCAUACCGACUCAUGACGCACGACCAGCGCAUUGUUCGCGUCCCAUUAUUAUUCAGCAGCCUAGAAAGUGAGCCGUACUUCGCGAGCCGUGCAUCGUGCUAGUGGAUCUUGUU